GGGAACAUGAUGGCUGCGCUACAGGCGGCUCUGAAGAACCCUCCUAUCAACACAAAGAACCAGGCAGUGAAGGAUCGCGCAGAAAGCAUCGUCCUGAAGGUCCUCAUCUCUUUCAAAGCCAACGACAUCGAGAAGGCCGUGCAGUCACUCGACAAGAACGGGGUCGACCUGCUCAUGAAGUACAUCUACAAAGGCUUCGAGAGCCCCUCUGACAACAGCAGUGCUGUGCUGCUGCAGUGGCACGAGAAGGCCCUGGCCGCCGGAGGAGUCGGGUCCAUUGUCCGCGUUCUGACUGCCAGGAAGACGGUUUGA